CUGUUGCUCACUUGGCACGCUCCGGCGGAAGUGACUGCCCUGCAGGAAGCCGCCAAGACGGUCUACGUUGACCGCCUGGUUCGCCAGUAUAUUGUUUCCCUGACCGAGUCCACCCGAAACCAUCGCGAUGUUUCGCUGGGGGCCUCGCCUCGGGCUACCCUGGGCCUGUUCAGAGUGGCGCGGGCAAUGGCAUUGGUGCAGGACCGGGACUACGUAAUUCCUGAUGACAUAAAGCAGUUGGCUCCCGCGGUGUUGUCCCACCGGUUGGUGCUGUCGCCUUCGGCCCGGAUGCGGGGCAUCCGCAGCGAGGAACUGGUCACCGAUUUGCUGAACCAGAUUAAUGUACCGGGCAUGGCUCAGGUCUAG